UCUGACGAAUUUCCCGCCAUUUCCGUCUCGCGAUAUCGCGCGAGACAACACGAGAAGAGACAUGUCGGAUCGAGACAGGGCGAACAACAACAACCGAAAAAUACCGAAGUCACACUCCCGGACUUUCCAGCUUUAAAAUUCCGCCAAAAUUGCACAUUUUUUCACUCGAAAGUGACAGAAAAGACGACGGCGAGGACACUGGGACCUGAGCCGGCGGUUUUCCUGGCCAUGGAGGAGAAACAAGAGGGGAGCGGGAGCGGGAGCGAGGCGGCGGAAGUUUCGGUGCUGGCCGAGCAGGGCCCGAUCGGGCUGCCCGAGGCCGAGGAGCUGCCGAGCGGAGACGAGUCCGCCUUCAGCGAGCCGGGCGACCCUCAUCCCGUGGCCGUGUCCACCGUUAUCCCGACCACCUGCACGCCUGUCACCGUUACGUCCGUCUCAGAGCAGGCGAUCUCGCAGGUUUUCCAUGGCACAACACCCACCCUCCUUACAACAGAAGCCUUGCACGAUGGGCAGAAGACAACGUUUAUCGUGGUACAGGACUCCAGCUUGGACUCGGGACUUAAGACCCCCGCUACACCCCUCACCCCCGCUACCCCCGCAACACCAUCAGAUGGCAGACCAAGUUCCUUUUUCAGGUAUACCUGGGACGACACCAUCAACCUGCCAGUCUUACCUGUCAGGUGUCGCAACACCAGCGGAGAGCUGUACAAGUCCAAGCUAGGAUCAGGUGGUAGAGGGAAGUGCAUCAAAGUCGGUGAUGUCUGGUACACGCCGAGCGAGUUUGAAGCGUUAUCCGGUCGCGCCAGCAGCAAGGACUGGAAGCGAAGUAUCCGGUACGGGGGCCGUACGCUCCACACGCUAAUCGAAGAGGGCGUCCUCACGCCCCACGCGACCUCGUGUACCUGCGCUGCCUGCUGUGAUGAUGAAAGUGUGGUGAGUGACUCCGGCCCCGUCAGACUGUUCGUGCCAUACAAGAGAAGAAAACGGGACUCUACGAGCGAACCCCUCACCCCGACGAAAAAGAUGCCCCGGGGGUCCCUCUCCAAACCCCCUCCCCUCCAGCCAUCCAACCUCGCUAAGGAUGGGACAGUCACCAUCACCACAACCCCAACAGGCACAGUCAUCACACAGCGGGGCUCCGUCAGCUUGGAUGUGGGAGGUUCGGGGGACACAGUCAACACUCCAACGUUCGAGUCUCCAGUCAAGUGGGGCACAGCAAACUUCGAGACCUCCCCGUCAUCAGGAGAGAACCACACCCUCGUCAUCACCCCCAUCCCCCCUCCCACUCCCAAGUCUGCCACGCCCGCCAUGACCAGUGUAGAUGUGAUGGAGCAGAAACAGUGGUGGCAUCUAGAGGAGAUGGUAGGGAGUAUAAUCCAGCAGGCCCAGCAGCUGAAGAACAUGAUUGAACAGGCCAAGCAACAGUGUCAGGCAGCUAAGGAGUCCGCUCUAGCACAGGCCAGAAUACAGGCCGAGACCGAGAAAAAAGAGGUUUUGUCCCAGGCCAGAGUAGAAGCCCAGAUCCAGUUGGAGCGAGCUCUGAUGGAGUCCCGAGCGGAGAAGGACAGCGCCGUUGCCCAGGCGAUCGCUCAGGCGCGGGCAGACAAGCUGGAGGCUGUAGCAGAGGCCAAACAGGGGCAACUCAUCAAGGAGUUUGGCAGCCUACCAAAUGACACUAUCACAGUGAGAGUUGUAGAUGAGAACAGUAUAAACGAGUCUGAGGAAACGUCAGGGGAGCAAGGCACAGAAGGGGACAAGGACUAGCAGGACAUUAGGUAAUUGUGGUUUACAGCAGCUGGAGGCUAAGUCUCUAAUGGGAUAGAGUACACGUCAUAUUAGAUGGAGAACCAAGAUGCAAGCUUCACUGGCUGGGAGAGAGUAACACUCAUUCAUAGGUGUGGGAAUAGAUCUGGAUACCAGUCUAUGUUUCCGAGUCAAGCUCAUCAACCAAGAGACUGGAGUUACAGUUUAGAUUGUCAGCAAGACAUGGAUUGUACCUACUACCUACCGGCUACACCUGUACAGUAUUACUGGGGUUGAGAACACAAAAUUUGUAAAGGACUGGUUGAUCUAUGGCCCAGGUUCCUCAAGACAAUAAUUGUCAGUUUCAGCCACUGAAAGACUGGAGCAAAAAAUCAGCAAGACAUGUAUUGUACAUGUACAGUAUAACUAGGGUUGAAAAUGCAAAAUUGGUAAAGGAGUGUGGUUGAUCGAAGAUCCAAUUUCCACGCACAGGUUCCUCAAGACAUGUACCAGCUCAAUAAUUGUCAAUCUCAGCCACUGAAAGACUGGAGUUGAAAAUCAGCAAGAUACUGAUCGUACAUGUACAGUAUUACUGGCCAGGGGUAAAAACACACAAUUUGUAAAGGAAUGUGGUAGUUGAUCCAAGGCCCCAUUUCAACAGGUUUCAAGGCACUGAUUGUACAUGUAGAGUAUUUAGUAGGGUUGAGAAUGCAACUGUUGAUCUAAGGCCAUAUCUCUGCAGUUUCCUAAUGUACCAACUGGAGUUCAGCCUCUUCGACUCUGUUGAUGCUGCAAAGAUGAUCUGGAAGAUGUACAACAUUAUAAUGGUUGAGAGCAUAAAAUUUCUGAAGGAGCAAGGCCGUACUUUCCACGGGACGGGCCUUUGAGCAGCCAGUGAAGGAGCAAAAAUCAUUGGUCGCCGAGAUCAUUGAAAGAUUGUUGAGAAAGACCUUCGAGAGAUCUGUACAUUUUUUGGUCUCGCCAAGGUUUCAUCUGCAAGAUCUUACUGCGAUGUACUUUUACAUAUCUGUACAGACAGUAGCACCAAAUAGCCGCUUCUGGUAAGACCAAGAACUUGAAAACUGAACAUUUAAGACCACAAUGCAGAAAGAUCAGGGAAGCUGGAUUUCCUAUUGAAAACAUAAGGCAGGAAGGAAAACCACAGGCUGAAAUGCAGUUUAAAUAAAGACCAAUUGAAUUGACCAAUCCUGACUGUCCAUCAUAAUUAUUAGCAGCCAAUCAGAGCCUGGCAAUUAUGGGUUCGACCAAUGAGAGAGUACCUGACAUGUCCAUGUAAUAUUUGCAUCUUUUAUUGUGCAUUUCUGGGAUUGGUCAAUUUCUUGUUGGAUUGAAAACAACUGCUGCUAUAGCUUUCUUGAGGAUGCCUGCAUUUUGGAUUGCUGAGCGAGGUUUUAUAGGACAGUCAAAACUUGCUGUACAGUAAUUGUCUUUACUUCUUUCCCGUCAGCCAACAUUAUUUCAGUUGAAAAGGUAUUUUAGUCACAUUAGCAAUUGGUUGACAAAAGCUUUAUACACCAAGCUCUUGUUCAAACUGUUCUUGCAUGUAUAGAAACUGCAUGUUCACUUUCAUGUUGACACUUACUGCAAUAACACUUGAUUUAUCCUUAAGAUAGUGAGUUUUGCCGACAUGUUUUUAUAUUUCUUAACAUAUGAAAUUUCUUUGACUCUUGUAAAUUUUCAGUCAAGAAUGUAGCAUGUCUGAAGAAAGUUUGAAGGGACUUUUUCACUGUCGCAAAACAUACUUCUGGAAUGAAUUUAUUUACAAUGGUACGACGAUUUUAUUUGCUUAGUGAAAAAGGCUUCUGAACAUGUUACUAACUACUGAUAUGCCAUAUCCAUACAUGUACAUGCUCUGUCAGUGGAGACACUUGCAUCUUGUGUUACACUGUUUAUACUUUUCUCUGUGAGAUUUUGUAAAUGUUGUGAAAAUUAAAGCAUGUAAGUU